AUGCAAUCAAUCAAUGCAAUCAAUCACAUUUCAAAGAAGUUUCACUCAAUUGUGUCAGUUGAUCAACACUCCAAUCGAUAUAACAAAAUAGAGAGACAUAGUAAGGUAAUUCUGAUUGAGAGCGACACCAGCGGUGGCAAAUCUAGCCCUACAACCCUGGAGAAGCUAAGUCAAAUACUUGGCCGUAAGAAAAAGUCCACCUCAUUUUUGUUUAGCGGUAGUACGAGCAACAACAGCAACAGCAGCAACAGCAUCGGAGGUGGUAGCGGCAGUGCAACAUCGCAUCAGAGAACCUAUCUAACCGUAUCGACACCAUCGUUGACGACCACUACCAACGGCAACAACAACACCUCUGGUUCAAACGGAAACAACAACAACAACAACAACUCAGCGGCACAGUCAACAACCAAUAGCAAUACUGUAGGCAGUGGAAGUGGUAAAACUAUAUUACGAACACUCUCUGCCAAUUCGACCAAUCAAUCUCUCUCCAUUACUAUGAGUCAGAUACAUCAUAGUUCCGGAUCGAACAACUCCAACGACGAUCGUCUACCUUCACCAGACGGCAGUAACAAAAGAUCAAUCAUGGGUGCCGGUGCAUCUAUAACUGUUUCUACAGAUAAAGGAAACAACAACAACAAUAAUAGUAGUAAAUCAAAUAACAAUGAUCAAUAUCAGAACAACAACAACAAUAAUAAUAUUAAUAAUACCCAAAAUGCGGUAAUACAACAACACUCACAAGAAUAUCACAAGACUUUGAUGGCAGAGAUUCAAUUCCUGGAAAGAUUGUUACAAGACCAAAUUACUCAGAGAAAUAGUAAUACUAGAACUCUUUGUGGUUCUCAACAAUCACCAGCGACAGGUAGUCCAGCUAGUAUGACUCCUGCUGUUGGUGGUGGUGGUAAUCUCUCGCAUGUCAAGACCAAUGCAGUGGUCGGUGACAAAGAGAUGUUGAUACGUGAGGGUGAGAUGGACGGUGACGAUAUUGAGUUGCGUCGCUACGAAGAUCAGCUGAAGAGAAUGAUCGAAUCAAAGAAAUCCGAUCUGCGACAGCACAUCAUGCAGAGCGACAAAGACAGACCACCCGCCCAAAAGCGAUCGGCUUUUCUCAAGUCUGGCGCUGCCCUCUCAAUUUUCCCCACCAUCAUGGAGGAGAAAAUAUGUUCAUCACUACCAUUGAUUCGUAUCGAAAAACCAAAGUCUAAAAAACAACUACAACAACUAGCUAAACAACAAUCAAAACAGCAACAACAAUCAUCAAACAACAAUGUUGUUGAUGAUAAUAAUAAUAAUAACAAUAACAAUAGUAUAGAUGUAGAUCAGAGUAAUCAAAUGAAAUACAAGUUGAAUCAAAGUGAAUCGAGUUCAACUACUUCGACACCGAUUGGUACCUCUACUCUAAGUUCAACCUCAACUUCAACUCCUUUGACACCGACCUCUAUCAUUAUAACGACGUCCGAUGAAAACAUAAAGAGUAUGAAUAGCUCUGAGAACAACAAUAACGGUAGCUACCAGAUCAACCACCGAAAGAGUAAUGAAUCCGCAACAGAAUAUGACUUGGCAGCAGUCGAUGAGUUCAAGCCAAUCGUUACCCUGGUCGGUCCCAUGCCAGACCUGCUGGAAGAUGAACGAAAAUACAACGAUGUAAUUUGUUGUAAAUCCGGUUCAUCCUAUCCCAAACAUUUCAGUGGAAGAAGACAAGGAGAUCCAAUUUGUGAUAGAUUUAAAGUUAGUAUAUAUAGAAAUAAUGUUAUUGCAACUUUAGCCGAUGGAUGUAAUUGGGGACGUCUACCUUAUGAGGCAGCCACCAAGGCAACCGAUGCAUUUUUGCAAUUCAUGGAAGAGAACUUCCACGAGAUCAAUACAGUGAGAAAAGCCGGAUCAUUCUUGCUCGGUGGUAUGACCGCUGCACACAAGGGUAUCAUUGCCGGCAAAUCAGAGGUCUGGGAGAGUGGUACCUCCACACUGAUCGGUGGUCUACUCACCAAGAUCAAGAAACCAAAGAAAGAUCACACCGAUUUCAAACGAAUGUCCUCACUGACAUUCAUCGAUGUCGAAGCAGAUUGGGUAUUCACAGGUGUUACUUUAGGUGAUUGUAAAGCAUUCCACUACUCUGUUAAAAAUAAAGUAUUUAGUGAUAUAACAAAAGGAAACAGACAGAAUCUUUCAGAUGCUAGAGAUCCAGGUGGCAGACUCGGUCCCUACGUUGGAAACGGUGAGCCCGACCUCAGAAACCUCAGUGUGUUUUACAAGUAUUGUGAUGAAAAUGAUUUGAUUCUUUUGUUGAGUGACGGUGUACAUGAUAAUUUAGAUCCUCAACAACUCGGUUUGAAACCAUUGGAUUUAGGUAUAGAUGCAGAGAGUUGGGAUAUUGCAGGUCAGCAAUUCGCAGCAGAGACCGAUAGAAUCAAGAACGAAUAUAGAACGCAGUGGCUGUCCGACCAUUUCAACGAUGAAAAGUCAUUGACCCCAAGCUACAUCACCAACUAUCUAUUGAAGCACUGUGUUGACACCACUCAAACCAGCAGAGAUUUCAUGGAACAAAACACCACCAAGAAGCUACCAUGUGAUUAUAAAUUGUAUCCUGGUAAAAUGGACCAUAACACUUGUAUUUGCUUUAGAGUUGAAAGAUUCUACACUUGA